AUGGUGUCUCAAGAGCUCUUGGACAAGAUCGAUCUGCCACAGUGGAGAACGCUGGUCUUCGUGCAGGCCUUCUUGCACAGUAUCGUCCAGGAGAGGCGCAAGUUCGGUCCCAUUGGAUGGUGUAUCCCCUAUGAGUACAACAACUCUGACCUGGAUGCAUGCUUACUCUUCUUGGAGAAGCAUGUCUCUGCUACCAUUGUGGCUGGACAGCCGAUCUCCUGGGUCACGGUGCAAUACAUGGUGGCGGAGGCGCAGUACGGCGGCCGCAUCACGGAUGACUUGGACCGUGAGCUCUUCAACACCUACGCGGCCAAGUGGUUCUGCGAUGACAUUUGGAAGCCAUCCUUCACUUUCAACAACUACCAGUCAGACUACAACUACAAGAUUCCCGAAGGCUUGGACAUUCAGCAGUACAAGGAAGCGAUUGACACCAUUCCAUCAGUGGACUCUCCAUUGAUCUUUGGCCUGCACAACAACGCGGAUCUGACCUACCGCAUGAAGGAGGCAUCAGAGAUGAUCAUGACGAUCAUCGAGACUCAGCCAAAAGACUCUGGAGGCUCAGGUGGCAAAUCCACCGACGAGAUCGUCAAGGACUUGUGCAUGGACUACCUCUCAAAGAUGCCUCCGGACUUCGUCGAGGAGAUCUUCCGUGCACAGAUCCAAAAGCUCAAUGGGCCCAAGGACAAAGGAGUCGUCAUCGACAAGGGCUUUGGCGCGCCGCUGAACAUCUUCCUGUUCCAGGAGUUGCAGCGUUUGCAGAACAUCAUUGGCAUUGUGCGGACGAACCUCAAGAACGUGGCCGCAGCCAUUGAUGGCACCGUGGUGAUGACGACCGAGCUGAUGGAAGACUUGGGCUUCCUCUUCGAUGCCCGAGUACCUCGAGGUUGGACCAACGAUCCCAGCGGCGCCGAGAUCUCUUGGCUGAUGCCGAAUCUGGGAGGAUGGUUCACCGGCUUGACCGAGCGUCAGCAGAUGUUGAACACCUGGCUGGAGCAGGGGCGAGAGAAGAUGAAGGCCUAUUGGAUUACUGGCUUCACCAAUGCCCAGGGCUUCCUCACAGGGAUGCGUCAGGAGGUGACGCGACAGCAUAAGAAGGAUCAAUGGUCCUUGGAUGAAGUGAUCUCCCACACCGAUGUGCUGGCAAAAGACUUGGAGCGUCUGGGAGACAACACCGGGCCACCGGAAGAGGGACAGAACAUUUGGGGCCUGUACAUUGAAGGUGGUCGAUGGAACAGACAGGAUAGCCGCAUUGAAGAGUCGGAACCGAAGAAGCUCUUCACCACCAUGCCGGUGAUCUAUGUCACAGCGAUCAACAUGAAGGAUCUGAAGGGCAUGGGCCUCAACUAUGGGCCGCACGGGCCAUACAACACGGCGGUGUACAAGUACCCCAAGCGCAACGACCGGUACCUCAUCUUCCGCAUGUUGCUCCGCACCGAGUUGCACCCCUUCCAUUGGAAGCUUCGUGGUGUGUGCCUUGUGGCACAGACAGAGUAG